CCCGUCCUCAACAGUCCAACGCCGCCCAAGCUUCCCUGGAGCCAGGGGUCUCUUCGUCUUGUCUUGUCAACAUGGAGACCAUAGCAUCAAUCUCGUCCAUGUUAGAAAAUGCCCGCGAGCUCACCAUCGAUGCGGCUUCGGCCACCCGCCUCUCCCGCAGCUCGAACCGACCUUUGGACCGCAGUCAGAUCAAGAAACUCCUCGAUAGCCGAAAUGACCGCGACGUUCUCGAGGGUCUACGCCGCGUCCUCUCUAUGAUGUACCGCGGCCAGAAAACAUUACCCUUCUUCUCCUCCGUCGUCAAGAACGUCGCCUCUCCUAACCUCGAAAUCCGUAAGCUGGUCUACAUUUACCUCAUCCAUCAUGCUGAGCAGGAACCCGACCUCGCCCUGCUCUCCAUCAACACCAUCCAGAAAUCGCUCUCCGAUACCAACCCCCAAGUCCGCGCCCUCGCCCUGAAAACCAUGUCCGGUAUCCGUGUCCCCGUGAUUAGCCAGAUUGUCUCCCUCGCCAUCAAGAAAGGUGUUGCCGACAUGAGCCCAUACGUUCGCCGCGCCGCCGCCCUCGCUAUCCCCAAGUGCUACCGCCUCGAUCCUUCACAGCUCGCCCAGCUGGUCGACUGCCUCUCCACUCUCAUCGGCGACAAGCAGUACUAUGUGGCCGGUGCCGCCGUGACUGCCUUUAUGGAGGUCUGCCCCGAGCGCAUCGACCUGAUUCACAAGCACUAUCGUGGGCUCGUCAAGAAAAUCGUGGACAUGGACGAGUGGAGCCAGCUUGCCACCAUGCGCAUGAUGGCCUUCUACGCGAGGAAGUGCUUCCCCAGGAGGACACGAAGCGCCAAGGCCCAGGACAACAACAACAACAACAACAACAACAACACCACCACCACGACGGCGGAUCUAGGUGACUUUUACGGCGAGCCUUCGCCGAGCGAGGAAGCCGCCGAGAAAAAGGUCGUCGUGCUGGAUCCCGAUCUGGUGCUCUUCCUGAACGGAAUCAGGCCGCUCCUACAGAGUCGGAACUCGGCCGUGGUGAUAGCUGUCGCCCGCUGCUACAUCGAACUCGGCACGCCGGAGUAUGUCAAGGAUGCCAUCGGACCCCUCAUGGCGCUGCUCCGCGGUCCCCAGGACGUACAACAGAUCGCUCUGUACAACAUUGUCUCGGUAUGUCUUGCGAUGCCGCGGGACUUUGUCAAAUACGCCAGUCACUUUCUUGUCCGGGCGACCGACCCGCCGCAGGUAUGGGAACUGAAGCUGGAAGUCUUAACUCUCAUCUUCCCCCAUGCGACGCCCUACGUCAAGAGUCUCGUCCUCAGCGAGCUGGAGCAUUUCUCGGGGUCCUCCAACAAAGCGUUGGUAAAGGAGGCCGUGAGGGCGAUCGGCCGGUGUGCUCAAGGGGACCCGGCAACCGCCUCGAGGUGCUUGAGGUUGCUUUUGGGCCAGAUCACCAGCCUGGACGGGACAUUGGCGGCGGAAUCCCUGACCGUCAUCCGGCACCUGAUCCAACAGGACCCUCAGGGACACGUCGGGACCGUAGUCCGGCUAGCGAAGAACCUCGACUCGGCGACGGACCCCCAGGCAAGGGCGACCAUCAUCUGGCUGGUGGGCGAGUUCGCCGGCCUCAACGGCGAAGACAACAUAGCCCCCGACGUGGUGCGCAUUCUCCUCCGGGAUUUCGCCAACGAGUCCGAGGCGGCCAAACGACAAAUCCUCCUUCUCGCCGCCAAGGUCUACCUCCACCACCUCAACCGCCAAAGCGAGAAACAGACAGAAGACGCCGCCCCGCCGCCGCCCCCCGAUCCCGAAGAAGACGACCACCCCAUCGCCAAACUCUGGAACUACACGCUUCUCCUUGUCCGGUACGACACCUCGUACGACCUCCGCGACCGCGCCCGCAUGUAUCGCGCUCUCCUCGCCGUCCCGCAGCUCGCCACGCUCAUGCUCCUUGCGCCCAAGCCCGCCCCGCAAGCGCCCAGCCCGUCCGAGACGCGCAAGGGCUUCAGGCUCGGCUCCGCAACGCUCGUUCUCGCGGGCGGCGGCGGCCUGCAUGGCAUCCGCGGAUACGAGGCCCUCCCGAAUUGGGUUGCGGAGGGACAGGAGCCUAACCCCCGGCUCCGGGAGACCGAGGCGCCGGGAUACGGUGAGGGGAAGGUGGUGCCGGCUAGUCGGCAGUUGGACGCGGCAGCACGGUCCGCACCAAAAAGCGCAAACGGGCUCGGAGCGGCUGUAGGGGCAGGUGCGGUGGCAGGUGUUGUUGGCGCCGCAGUUGGGGCGAAGACUCUGGAUGAUUGGUUGGCAGAGGAGGAAGAAGAGGAGGAGGAGGAGGAGGAGGAAUCUGAAAGUGUUGAAGAUGACACGGACGACGAUGAGGAUGAGGAGGAUGAAGAUGACGAUGAUGAUGACGAAUCUGACAGCUCGAGCUCGAGUGAAUGAGAUAAGUGACAUCUCUGUUACAAGCUGUGCAUGAUUAGAGCUUUAAUAUGUGUUGUUGGAUACAUGGUUCACAGUUCAUGGUUGGGAUACAUGUUCUGCAGAAGACCAUAGACAAGGAAUAAGAUGAAGAUGGAGGGCUACAUGAAUUUCCAAAGCCCGAUUCAUUAUCCACCUAGCUUUGUACACGGCGUCCAUGUCACAGGAUGCCGAAAAUCUAUAUGCC